AUGGCGGCUGAAGAAGGGAUAUCGCGAGUUAGCGCUCCCAUAAUCCUGCUCCUGGAGGCUCUAGUGUCCCUACUUCUAGCCGUGUACCUGCUGUGGAAUUACGGGGAUAUCCGGAGGCAGAAUCCGCUGGUAUCAGUUACCACGCUCCUCGUCUGGUUCCUGAGCUUCUUCAUCAUCUUCGUCCUGCCCGUGGACGUGUCGUCGGCCUUCUACCACCUCUGCCUCGAGAACCCCUACUCGUUCAUCUGCUUCGACUCCCUGAAGAUCCUCUGGUUCAUCAUCUACUGGUUGUUUUUCGUCCUCUCCUGGGUGGUGAUUCCAUUGGGACAGUCGUACGUGCUGGCAAGUUAUUUCUCUGUGUGGAAGAAGAUUGUGCGGAUGCUGGUCGAGAACAUUCUCAUUUACCUCUCCCUCUUCGUCAUUUUCUUCAUUCUCUUUGUGUACCUCGUGGUCAUCAAGAAGAUAGUGGCACUCCAAGAGACUCCAUGGUUGAUAGCCACUGCCUCUAACACGUGGGGACUAGUUAUCCUAACUCUUCUCCUUGGCUAUGGUAUUGUAGAGGUUCCACGCUCGCUGUGGAAUGCGUCUCGGAGAUCGUACACACUGAGUCACUGCUACUUCAAGGCCGCCAAGUUGUGCACCGACAUGUCUGAAGCUGACGAGAAACUCAGCGAUGCUGUUGAGAGAGUGAACAAGGUGACCCAGAGACUCCACUACAACGACCCGCUGCGCAAAUACGUCGACAUCAUCAUAAAGAAGUUUCCGGAAGAAGUCCAGGCAGAGUUCAACAAAGGUCACGACGACUACGAGGACUAUAGGGAGACCAGUGGAGAGGACAGUCUCUGUAAGAGCUCUCUCGAGAAGCUGCUGAAACAGUCGAUGAAGGCUGUUCGGAUGUCCACGGAGCACUCACAUUCAGUGGGAGAUCCUCACAGACCAGUGUCUCGAUCUGGAAGACGUGGGAACAAAAACGCCACUCCAACUCACGGUUUCAAGUCUUCCCUUCGACCACAGUCCAACAAAUUCCUGCAGAGACAAUCUACCUUAUCUUGAAUGGCAUGGAAGGUGUGGCUGAGAGAUUGGGUGUACCGUGCCGUGCCGAUGUGCUGGUCUUCCUCUCCGUCACCAUAGUCUGUCAGAGGUGACCUAGUAUCGACCCUCCGAACCACGACAUCACCUUCCUUCUUCGCCUUCUCGUCGUACGCCGGACACAAGUUCCAGAACUACAUCACGGUUGAGAUUCUAUCAGUGUGUGGUUGCGUACCUCAGCCUGUGUGCGUACAUCACGGCGUUCCGGAUCAGAAUCUUCAACCUGUACAACCUGGCACCUCGUCACUCGACCGACGGUAAGCCUCCUCUUCAUGCAGUAUUACUAGUCACUAGCUCUCUCCCCUCUCCCGGUGUGGUCUAGAACUAUCAUCUCUAAUGACCAGGUGAUAGCGACUAGGUUCACUCUCAUCAACAGAAGACAAAGUCCCACAGACCGCCUUUGCCUACGCACGGGCAUCACAAUCGCUGGUCCCUGGCAUGACCAGACUAUUUCUACAUAUACUACCCAACAAUCAUCCUCCUCGUCUGCAUCGACACAUUAUCAGCUGCGGCACUCGCCUCGCUCCGUCUCGUCUACCAAAAGUCAUCGGGGAGGACGACUCUCGGCGAUCGAAGAAAGAAAGAUCCUCAUGAAACGAGGUGGGUGUGGUGUUGGGUGUGGUUUUGGUUCAAUUCAAUUUUCUGUAUAUAGAGAGGAAUGAGAUAGAGGA